CAGUGGCUCUGACAGCUGUGAAUCCGAGAGCAAGACGACGCGCUCCUAACCUGCUCCUCUGGCUGUCUCUGUCUUACACCUCCACAUUAACCUUUUUCUCUCCCUCUCUCUCUUUCUCUCCCGCAGAUGACACGGCCUAUUCAGGUGAAGCCAGCUGACAGCGAGAGUCGAGGAGAGGACAGGAAGCUGUUUGUGGGCAUGUUGAAUAAGCAGCAGACAGAAGAGGACGUGUACCGUCUGUUUGAGCCCUACGGAGUGAUUGAAGAGUGCACCGUGUUACGAGGCCCUGAUGGAAACAGUAAAGGUUGCGCCUUUGUAAAGUUUUCAACACACACCGAGGCUCAGUCUGCCAUCGGUGGGCUGCACGGGAGUCAGACCAUGCCAGGAGCUUCGUCGAGUUUGGUGGUAAAGUUCGCUGACACUGAUAAAGAGAGGACCAUACGCCGCAUGCAACAGAUGGUCGGCCAGUUUGGCAUCUUCAACCCCACCGUGGCCCUGCCGUUCAGCACCUACAGCAGCACCUACAGUACUUACACACACGCGCUGAUGCAGCAGCAGGCGGCGAUCAUGGCGGCUUCUCACGGCGGUUAUUUAGCGCCCAGCGUGGCCUUUCCAGCGACACAGAUCCACCAGGUGGGGGCGCUCAACAUGAACGGCCUGCCGCCCACCCCGAUGACACCUGUGUCAGGCUUGAGCUCUCCGCCGGCUAAUCUGGCCUCCUCUGCCAUGCCGAGCAUUGUGACUCCCAUUAUUAACGGAUUCGGUGGAAUCCAUCACCAAGCCAACGGUCAUCCGGUGGAGGCCAUGUACACCAACGGCCUGCCGCAGUACUCCACCCAGAGCCCCAGCGCAGCCGACACGCUCCAGCAGGCCUUCACAGGCGUCCAGCAAUACACAGAAGAAGAACUUUCCUCAUGGAGUGUUAUUGCUGCCAUAUAUCCUGCCACAACACUGACUCCUAUAGGUCAGACACUGCCACAGCCUGCUCAAAUCAUCCAGCAGCAGCAGCAGCAGCGGGAAGGUCCCGAGGGCUGCAACUUGUUUAUCUAUCACCUGCCGCAGGAGUUUGGUGAUAACGAGCUAAUGCAGAUGUUUCUUCCGUUCGGAUCCGUCAUCUCCUCAAAGGUGUUCAUGGACCGAGCCACCAAUCAGAGCAAAUGUUUCGGCUUUGUGAGCUUCGAUAACCCCGCCAGCGCUCAGGCUGCCAUCCAGGCCAUGAACGGCUUCCAGAUCGGCAUGAAACGCUUGAAAGUGCAGCUGAAACGGCCGAAGGACGCCAGCCGUCCAUACUGACCACAGCCAGGGAUGCAUACGUGCACUCUCAGCCAUUAGGAGAGGUUUUGAACAGUUGUAGUUUUGACGUUUUGAUGGAUGGAAACUUUUCUUGAAAAACUAACACACGAAAAAAAAAAAAAACACACAAAAAAAAAAAAACACACGAAGAAGCAAACAAAGUGGAAAAACAAGCGCAUAAGGGAGCGAAGCAUAUCGCAUUUAACGAAGCGUGUGUUUUGUGACGAGGGGACGACAGCGACGGCGGAGACGAGGACGAAAACAAAUGAACUGAAAACUUUUUUCUCUUUUGAAAAACGCUAUAUACCGAACACUUUGGAAGAGCAGUGCAUGGCUGGGACUGGUAGAGUUCGCUAAAGCUAAACACGGAUCCAUGCACAUAUCAAAAGACAGCCGUAGCUUUUACUCACGUGGAAUAAUGAGGGUUUAACCGAUAAAAUGUGUAUAUGCCACUGACGAACGAACUCUCCAGUAGGGACCAGAGGACCAAAUCUUUUUCAUCUCUGUCGGUACCAUAACCAUGUACAAUAUUACCACUGAGCGAUUAUCUUACAUGCUACUUCAUAUAAUAUGCCAAUUAAGAGUUAGACACAAUUCAUUCAGGGUGUAUAGUGUAGGUUUACGGGGACUUGGGGUGUGUUUUAUUUGAAAACCUUUGGCGAAAAACUAGUUUCCAUGCUAUGUGCGCAAAACAGUCGAAGGGAUAUUGAUAGAUUAGUGGGGUAUAUUAGGCUCUUGUUAUAUGACUAUGUAGUGUGUUGAUAUUGAUUUGGGCACAUUCUGAAUUGCUGUUCAUCGGCACGACUCGUUUCAGAAAGCUGCCGGGUGGAGAAAAGGGCAUUCGAUCCAUCGCGAUAUCGUUUAAUUCAUGCAUCAUACUGUAAACAAAUGACCACUGCAAACACAACAACACAAGGAUAUUUUUGACAAAACAGUUCUUGUUUUUGAGCUACAAAGACUCGCAAGGAAACAUGCACCAGCAAAACUCCUAGCGGCUGUUUUUAACGUUCAAACUGAGGAUUUAAUAAAGUCUCUUUUUUUUAUAAUUGGUCAGCAUACCAAGUAU